CCAGGCAGUGGCCAGAGGGGCAGUGAGCAGGAUUCCAGAGGGAGGAGGAAGGGGCGGAGAUCCACAGGAAGCAGAGGCAGUUUCCUCCUGAGCCUCUGGGCUGGGACGGAUGGAGCUAGCUCCGGGGUGGAGGAAGAAAUCAGGGUGUCCUCAUACUUCCUGGCCUGCCAUCUCCCACAUGGCUCCUGGGUGUAAUUCUUCUGAUGUCAUAGCUUGGGAGGCCCCUUGAGUGCCUGAUGAAGGCAUGUGCUACUGCACGUCCCAGUCCUGAGGGGUGGGGGGAUUGGGAGUUCCAAGGACAAAACAGUCCCAAGGGGGAAGCUCGGGGUGCUGGCUGGGGCCGUCCUAGCUGCGUUCCGUAUGUUUAGAAGGAGCAUCUCUCCCUGCUCCUGCCGCGGCGUCCUGCCUGCUGGCCCCUGUAAUUACACUGCUUCCCCACGCAUGGUUGGCUUCCAUUCCUUGGCUUCCAGUAGUGCCAAGGAAUGAAAGGUGGAAGUCCCCGUGACUAGAGAUGACAGGUAGGUAUUGAUGGCUGCAGAGUGUGUGGAGGAGGACAUGAACACAAGGGUGGGGUGACAGAGGUCUAGGUCAUCAAUAGAGCUGGGGUGGCUGAAUCCCAAAAUGAAGGGGGGGUGGCACUAAAGUGAGGGACGCCACCGUCAGAGGUUACACAUUAGCCCUGGCUUUCCAAACGGGUUCAACCAGUUAGGUUCUGAUGGGAUUCCUGUGUCACUGGGCUGGCCCCUCCCCAGAGAUUGGACACCUCCUCUCAAUCCCUAUAAAGCCUCUUGGGGUUCCUAGGCACCUACACUCAGCCCACCCCCAAUUUUGGGGGCCAGGAGACAGCCAUGAUGCUCAACUGGAAGCUACUGGGGAUCCUGGUCCUUUACCUGUGUGCUGGAGGCAUCUCAGGCAGCAGAGAGCACCCCCGUCCCCCACUCACAGAGACUGGAGAGGAGGAGGGCUCCCCAACAUUGCCGCAGGGCCCCCCAGUCCCUGGUGAUCCCUGGCCAGGGGCACCCCCUCUCUUUGAGGACCCUCCACCUCCAGGCCCCAGUCGUCCCUGGAGAGACCUGCCUGAAUCCGGAGCCUGGCCUCCUGAACCCCCGAGAACCGACCCCCCUCAGCCUCCCCGGCCUGAUGACCCCUGGCCAGCAGGACCCCAGCCUCCAGAAAACCCCUGGCCACCUGCCCCUGAAGUGGACCAUGGACCUCAAGAGGACCCAGAUCUUGACCCACCCCGGGAAGAGUACAGAUAAAGGGACUCCCCCAGAGGCUUCUUAGAUACCCAGGCUGAGUAUCCCAAGUAUACCUUUCUGAUUCCUCUCCAGUUCUCCCAUCAGCCUCAAUCCCCUUCCUCUUCAAUUUUUUUCUGAACUCUGAAAGCGUCAUUCUCUUAUCUUAUCUUAUCAAGAGCGUCCUCUCUUGAGAUCCAGCCCCCUUUCCCCCUCCUUUUUUCUUUGACAGCUGAAGCAUACACCCCUACCUCAUGCCCAGUCCACCCACCUACCUGCUUCCAACCUGGUCCCUCCUCCCCACCCCUGGGGCUCCUGGGGCCAGGUUGGUGGCCCUGUGUUCUCUGCUGCCCCCUAGUGGCCGACAGCUGGGAACUAUCGGAAGACGGAGACCAUUCUUCCAUGAAAUGGAAAAAUAAAAACCAUGUUUUCUUCAUUUUGAA